CAUGAUUGAUGAGGGUUAUAUUUUCCUGUGAUCUCCUUCCCUGAUUCCUGUUGGUUUGCGCUCUAUGUAAACUAACCAGGUGCUGAUUGAUGAAUCUGUAUUCUAAUACUGGGAUCCACCAUCAUGGAACAUUUUCACAGCUGUAUUGGGGGCUUCAGUUAUAGGUCAGUGUUACUCUCAUUGACAAGGUGAAAAACUGUUACUCAGUGUCAUUAAGGAUCAAAACCAGUUAUUGGAGUUUUGGUGCUAAUUCACGUGUGACCAACAAGUCGACUGAGAAGAACCAAACCUCAGAGGUCUACUGUACAUGCUGACUGGGGAGGAACAAAUGGAGUUUGAUGAAGUUGCAGUUUAUUUCUCGGAGGAGGAAUGGGGCUGUUUAACUGAAGAACAAAAAGAGCUUUAUAAGAAUGUGAUGAUGGAGAAUUACCAAACCCUCAGCUCUCUAGGAUAUGUUCAUAUGAAACCUUUACUUGUUACAAAGAUUGAACAUAGAGAGGAGCUGUGUGUGAGCAGUUUUCCAAUUACCAAAGGUGAAUUCACAAACUGCAGUAAUUCUAGUGCUGGUCAGACUGCAAAUGCUUCUUUCAGUCUUUUUAAAAAUCAAAGAAGCCACAUGGGAAAUGUAUGUUCUGACUGUGAAAAAAGUUUUACUUGGAAAACAAAUAUUGGUGAUCAUCAAAAAAUGCAUACAGGAAAGGAAGCAUUUUCAUGUGCUGAAUGUGGGAAGUGUUUUACUCAGAAAUCAACUCCUAUUAUGCAUCACAAAAAUCACACAAGAGAAAAAGCAUUUUCAUGUUCUGACUGUGGGAAAUGUUUUACAAAGAAAUCGAAUCUUAUUGAUCAUCAAAAAAUUCAUACAGGAGAGAAUACAUUUUCAUGUUCUGACUGUGGGAAAUGUUUUACUCGGAAAUCGAAUCUUAGUAGGCAUCAUAAGAUUCACACUGGAGAAAAAGGAUUUUCAUGUUCUGACUGUGGGAAAUGUUUUACUCAGAAAUCGAAUCUUAUUGAUCAUCAGAAAAUUCAUACAGGAGAGAAAGCAUUUUCAUGUUCUGACUGUGGGAAAUGUUUUACUCGGAAAUCAAAUCUUAUUGAUCAUCAAAAAAUUCAUACAGGAGAAAAUACAUUUUCAUGUUCUGACUGUGGGAAAUGUUUUACUCGGAAAUCAAAUCUUUUUGAUCAUCAAAAAAUUCAUUCAGGAGAGAAUGCAUUUUCAUGUUCUGACUGUGGGAAAUGUUUUACUCAGAAAUCAAAUCUUAUUAGGCAUCAUAAGAUUCACACUGGAGAAAAAGGAUUUUCAUGUUCUGACUGUGGGAAAUGUUUUACUCGGAAAUCGAAUCUUAUUGAUCAUCAAAAGAUUCAUACAGGAGAGAAAGCAAUUUCCUGUUUUGCGUCGGAAAAAAGGCUUAUUGAACAUCAGAAAAUUCAUACAUUAGAGAAAACAUUUUCAUGUUCUGAAUGUGGGAAAUGUUUCAUUCAUAAAAGAAGUCUUAUUGAUCAUCAGAAAAUUCACACAGGAGAAAAAGCAUUUUCAUGUUCUGAAUGUGGGAAAUGUUUUACUUGGAAAUCAAAUCUUGUUGAUCAUCAAAAAAUACAUACAGGAGAGAAAGCAUUUUCAUGUUCUGAAUGUGGGAAGUGUUUUACUCAGAAGUCAUCUCUUAUUAAGCAUCACAGAAUGCACACAGGAGAAAAAGUAUUUUCAUGUUCUGAGUGUGGAAAAUGGUUUGCGCAGAAAUUAGAUCUUAUUAGGCAUCAGAGAAUUCACACAGGAGAAAAAGCAUUUUCAUGUUCUGACUGUGGGAAAUGUUUUAAUCGGAAAUCAAAUCUUAUCGAUCAUCAAAAAAUUCAUACAGGAGAGAAUGCAUUUUCAUGUUCUGACUGUGGCAAAUGGUUUACUCAGAAAUCAACGCUAAUUACGCAUCAAAAAAUACACACAGGAGAAAAAGCAUUUUCAUGUUCUGAGUGUGGGAAAUGUUUUACUUGGAAAUCAAAUCUUAUUGCUCAUCAAAAAAAUCAUACAGGAGAGAAAGCAUUUUCAUGCUCUGAAUGUGGGAAAUGUUAUACUCAGAGAUCAUCUCUUAUUACGCAUCAAAAAAUUCACACAGAAAAAAAAGCAUUUUCAUGUUCUGUGUGUGGGAAAUGUUUUACUCAGAAAUCAACUCUUAUUACGCAUCACAAAAUUCACAAAGGAGAAAAAGCAUUUUCAUGUUCAGAGUGUGGGAAAUGUUUUACUUGGAAAUCAAAUCUUAUUUAUCAUCACAAAAUUCAUACAGGAGAGAAAGCAUUUUCAUGUUCUGUCUGUGGGAAAGUUUUUACUCGGAAAAUGGAUCUUAUUAGGCAUCAGAAAAUUCAUACAUGAAAGAAAGCAUCUUCAUGUUCUCACUGUGGUAAAUGUUGUAUUCAGAAAUCACAUCUUAUUAGACAUAAAAAAAAUAAUAUUAAAGGAAAUCAGAGCUCUUAAGUGCAGAGACACAUAGUCAUCAUCCGUACAAUGUCUAAAAUGCUGGUGAUGAUUCUGAUCCUCUUGAUGCUGUUUAAGGAUCCUUCUGCAUCUCAAGUGGUUAUGAGGUGGACCUGAAUGUUUUUCAUCCCCAGGGGUAUCUGGGGUCCCUAUAUAGCUUUGAAUAGUCAAGUGAUAUGGCACAAACUAAAUGUGCAUUUAUUUGAGUUUCAUGGACAGAUCAGAAGUAGAAAUAUACCCAAAGAAUUUAUAUGUUAAUAAAUCCUUCUUUAAAAUGUA